UCUGGUCGGUUUCCACGGUCCGACACUGAAACAAUACUACACCGUCCCGGACCCGGACUGCCGCCGGAGUCUCCUUCAGCGGAGGCCGGAGGGGAACGAGGCUGCCGUACGAUCAAUCGCCGUCCCGCCGCCGGAGCCCCCACCUCUGCGGGAAGGAAGGUUGACACAACCAUGAGCCUCACUAAGAUUCUGCGAGAUGCUCAGGACCUGGAUGACAGUAUACGGUACGCAGCAGAAGGCGACCUCAGUGAGCUCCAGCAGCUUGAUUUUCCCAACUUCCUCCUAUCCUUAUCAGCAGAGCUCGCGAGCAAUGAAAGCCCGCCCGAAUGUAGAAGGCUUGCUGGCAUUAUCCUUAAGAAUUCAGUGGAAGCAAAGUAUUCUGAAGAUAAUAUCAAACAAUGGAUCAACCUGGAUCCACUUAUCAAAUCGCAGAUUAAGGAGUCAUUGCUGGCAACUCUAGGGUCUUUGGUGCCUGAUGCUUGGCACGCCUCAUCACAGGUUAUCGCGAAGCUUGCAUAUAUUGAUAUACCCAGCCGGGAUUGGCAAGAUCUCAUUGGAAGAUUGCUGAGCAACAUGGCACAUCAGGGUGCAUCUCCUCCACUACAGCAAGCAACUCUAGAGGCGCUUGAGUAUAUGUUUGAGGAGUUCUUGGGGUUGGAGCAGGAUAAAAUUGAUGAUGUUCUGGAUGCCGUCAUCCGGGCAAUGAACCAGGCAGAGCAAAGUUCUCAAGUCCGUCUUGCAGCGGUUAAAGCUCUACAGAAUGUUGUUAUGUUUGCUAACUUCGCAAAUGAUGAUUGCAGAAAUUGUAUAAUGACUGCAAUAUGUGAUGCAGAUAAAUCCGAUGGAGCGGUGAUCAAACAUGCAGCAUUCGGCUGCCUUAUUGCAAUUGCAUCCAAAUAUUAUAGAAUGUUAGAACCUUACACGGAAACCAUACUCAGUCUUACAACUGAAGCUUUGAAAGGAGGUGUGGAAUCAGGGGCACUCCAAUGUAUCAAGUUCUGGAUCACUAUUUGUGAAAAAGUGAUUGAAUUCCGAAAACAAAACAAGCAUGAUGCUCAUGCUAUCUCAACUGUAGAUUGUAGCUUUAUUGAGAAGCCCCUCUCUUUACUUGUUCCAGUUCUGCUAAAAACUCUGUUAAAGAAAGAGAGAGAUGAUGAUGCACAGGCAAUCUUCAUCAGUGCUAUGACAUGCCUAGACCUCGUCGCUAUAACUAUUGGGGAUGCAAUUGUCCCCAUUGCAAUGCAGUUUGUCGAGGUUAAUAUCAAAGCAUCAGAUUGGCAGAGUCGCUGGGCAGCUACAUUUGCAAUAGCCGGUAUCCUUCAAGGUCCCUCUAUCGAGAAACUUUCUCCUGUUGUCCGUUUGUUGCUUGACAGGAUGGAGGACCGAAAUGUAGAGGUAAGAGGCACCGCUGUUUGCACUCUUCGGCGGUUGUUUGAUCUUCUGCAUUCUCCAGCUUGCGCAAAUAGAAUUUUCACAUAUGAAAACCUUCCUCGCAUCGUAGCUGUGUUGGGAUUGAGAAGUAAAGAUGUUCCAGAAGUGUCUGAGGAAGCCUGUAGAGCUAUAUAUUUUCUUGCCAAAGGUUAUGAGUCGAUCUCAUCUGAGCUAGUCCAUUCAUCUGAGCUUUCACCUUUUCUUAGUGACGUUUUCGAGGUUCUCUGUUCUACUUCAGCACUUGCUAAGGAGACCCCUUUCAGGCUUCCACCAUCUGCAUCUGCUUAUGAAGCGUUGUGUGAGGUUGUGAGAGUAAGCAACAUACAAGAUUAUAAAGCUUCAGCAUCUAUUGGAGUUUUAAUGCCUCGUAUCAUGAGAAGAUUGAACGCGGUGCUUGGUGCCAAAGCAAAUUCAUCAGGUGACAAAAGGAACAAAUACGAUCUUCUGGUUUUGCUGUGUGGCUUACUGCAUGUUCUAAUCCAGAAACUGGGAAACACAUUUCCAGCGUGGCGUACUCCAUAUGUGCUGCUUCUGUUUUGCCGUGUCUUAACCUUUGACAGUUCUGCUGCACGUGAUAAAGCAGCGCUUGCCAUUGGUGCUCUCGCUCAUGUUGUCGGUCCAAAUUUUGUGGAUCACAUGCCGAUAUUGCUGCAGCAUUUUAAUGUGAAGCUACUCUUCCCAAUUUAUUUACAGGUGAUUGGUGACAUCUUUCUUGUCCUGGGAGAUGAAAUCCUGCCACACUGUGAUUAUAUAAUGGAUGUUCUUUACAGAGGUCUCUCAAAGCCGAUGCUUAAACCGGCCAUUUUGGAAUGUUUUGGAGAGAUUGCUCUUGCUAUCGGCAAGAAUUUCGAGAAGUACCUGCAGGCUGUUAUGAGAAGGCUGAAAGAUGCUGCUGACCCGGAAUAUUAUGACGAUGUUUUAGAAGAGGAUGAGGUUGAUUACAGUAACCAGCUUAGACAGGGAAUUAUGGGGUAUAAAGGACCCGAAAUAUGGGUUGAAAGUAGCGGCGGAUCUAAUCGAUUUCAGUGAAGUUGUCUGCAAGAACCAGAGCAGGGAUAGCAAUGUGACAAACACUGCGGUUGAUGUCUUGGGUGAUUUCCAUUCGACGGUGGAGUCAUGGACUAAUGAACUGAUCUAGGAGUUGACGAAAUGUUAAUAUGACGAAUGAUCUCGUGGUCUUAUUCUCUCGCACGGGGCUCUCAAUAUGCACGAGGCUUUGGCUUUUGUGAAGUCAAGAUGUAGAUCUUUUUGGUAAUUAAUUGAUUCAGCCUAGCCAAGCCUCUUGUUAUAUAGUAUACUGGUAGGGGCAUCCCACCAUGUAUAUACGGAGAUCGGUUGAUCCUCUAGCUAGUUUGUCCUAUAUGGAAUAGUUUCACAUGUGUUUUUUUUUUGUUGCUAGUGAUAUACAGUAAUGUGCUACCAGUUCCAUUCUCCACCAAUCACCGGUAAAUGCACAGUUUUGCUUUGCUUCAUCUGAGAAAUGAAGAGAUUUCCUUGGUGUCUGAAGAUCCCAGAGAUCUGGUCAGGUGAAAUUAAACAUAGAACAUGCUUUGCUUGAUUCCAUGUUGUUGACAGGAAGAGGCAGGUGGAGUGGCUCGAGAAGAUGGCCCGGCUGCCACCGCAACAGGCGCCGCUGGCCUACCCUACUUGGCCGCAGCAUGGCCCACCGGUGUGGCAACCGCAGGCGCUACCGACCUAUCCGGAGUACCCUGCUUAAUUGGCCACAUCAGGGCCCAUGGGCGCGCCGUCCGUAGUUUGUUAGGAUUUAUUUUCCUUUUUUUUAUUUCCUGUAAAUUAUCUUUGAAUGGGUGAAAAAGUUCGAAAGUUUCCCGCACUUUUAGUAUUUGAUUCUAAAUUUCAUUUCACCCACCGUGUGCAAGGGCUACCUACCAUAUCAUUUUUUAAAGA